AGGUGCAAAGUUGCUGUUAGUGCUGUCAAUAGAGAGUUUGUUCGGUCCGAAGAGCAGACAUGUACUAUUGCCGCCCUACGUAAGGCUGGGGUAGCAUGCCGCCCGUUGCUUGCUUGGCGGUGGACGCACCGGGCGGAGCCUCCCACAUACUUAGGAUCGAUACGCGAGGAAAAGCACCCGCUUCGACGUUCGCGCUGAUAAGACUGGAAUCAUCGUCCUGUGCGUCUGAAGGCUAUCUCACGGAAGUUUCCAUCACAAACCGUGAGUGGGUGAAGAAGAACGUUACCGAAGUCGGAGACAGGGGCGAGCUUGAGAAAGUAGGAUGUCAGGAAAUGGGAAGGUAAGGUUCAUUUCUGAGGCGUCUUUCCAGGGGUGCACUCCUUCAGUUUGCGAGCAGGUCCUGGUGGCUGAUAUAGAAUGUGACGUUCCUUACGGGAUCGUUAAAUGGGCGGAGGUGAGCACAUACAGGCUUGAGUCGAUACUUGAGCCUCGAGUGCCCUAUCCAGUGGUAGGCCGAGCCAACCCGAUCAACGUUCUUCGC